GGGCUGUGCACACGUUAAACCGGCUUUCUUAUUGCAGGGGUACGCUGAGGCAGGAAUCUGAUUUGGGUUGUAAACAUGACGGCUUAUGAUUGCUGGCACCGAAUUCAGUAAACCUGCCUUAUUUAUGUUUUUUUAAUUCUUAUUCUUAUUAUUUACGGCACGCUGUUGCUGAAAAUUGGCUAUUAAUAAAUGCAAUACGCGCAGAAACACGCCUCUGUGUCGGAGCCCGUUUCUUGUAAACAGCAGAGGGGCUGGUGGUAUUUUAGGGGCUUUUAAAGGAGACGCCCCCUUGACUGUACGCCGUGCAAUUCGGAGUCGCAGGGGCCUGAUGAUGAUCACAACAUCGCUGUGUCGUUUGGUUGAGCAAGCAAGCAAGCAAGCAAGCAAGCUGACGCUUUAGUUCUUUCUAGAAACCAACUUAGUUUUUUCAGUUUAAUCAAAACCCAGUCUGUUCCUUGAGCUCCGAGGAUUGAUGUUGAUUGUGACAAAACAUGGAGGUCACAGCUAGCAGUCGCCAUUAUGUUGACAGACUCUUUGACCCAGACCCACAGAAAGUGCUGCUGGGAGUCAUUGACAUGAAGAAUGCAGUCAUUGGAAACAACAAGCAGAAGGCUAACCUGAUCGUGCUGGGAGCUGUACCCAGGCUGCUGUACCUCCUCCAGCAGGACUCCUCCGGCGCAGAGCUGCGGACCGAGUGUGCCGUGGUGCUGGGGAGCCUGGCCAUGGGCACCGAGAACAACGUCAAGUCCCUGGUGGACUGCCACAUCAUCCCUGCCCUGCUGCAAGGUCUUCUCUCUCAGGAUCUCAAGUUCAUUGAAGCUUGUCUGCGCUGCUUGCGGACGGUCUUCAUCAGCACUGUCACUCCUGUGCAGCUUCUCUACACGGACGCAGCAGUGAUCCCUCACCUCAUGUCUUUGUUAAGCCGGUCGAGACGCACGCAGGAGUACAUCUGUCAGAUCUUCUCUCACUGCUGCAAGACUCCAGACCAUCAGACAAUACUCUACAACCACGGGGCUAUCCAGAACAUUGCACACCUCCUGAUCUCCUCUUCAUACAAGUUUCUCCUCUUGCAGGUACAAAUGCAGGCACUGAAAUGCUUCUCGGUCUUGGCCUACGAAAACCCUCAGGUCUCCAUGACACUGGUGAAUGUGCUGGUGGAUGGAGAGCUGCUAUCUCAGGUGUUCGUCAGGAUGAUGCAGAGGGACAAGCCAAUUGAAAUGCAGCUCACAGCAGCCAAAUGCCUAACGUACAUGUGCAGAGCUGGAGCCAUCCGGACUGAUGAUAACUGCAUUGUGUUAAAGACUCUGCCCUGUCUGGUGCGCAUGUGCAGUAAAGAGCGCUUGCUGGAGGAGAGGGUGGAUGGCGCAGAGACGCUGGCCUAUCUGAUUGAGCCGGACGUGGAGCUGCAAAGAAUCGCCAGCAUCACUGACCACCUGAUCGCCAUGCUCGCCGACUACUUUAAAUACCCCAGCUCUGUCAGUGCCAUCACAGACAUCAAGCGGCUGGACCAUGACCUGAAACAUGCCCAUGAGCUGCGACAGGCGGCCUUCAAGCUGUACGCGUCUCUGGGGGCAAACGACGAGGACAUCCGGAAGAAGAUAAUUGAAACUGAGAAUAUGAUGGACCGAAUUGUCAGUGGAUUGUCAGAGUCUAGUAUCAAGGUGCGGUUAGCGGCUGUGAGGUGUCUGCACAGCCUGUCUCGCUCCGUUCAGCAGCUCCGGACUAGCUUCCAGGACCAUGCUGUGUGGAAACCGCUGAUGAAGCUGUUACAGAACGCUCCGGAAGAGGUCCUGGUCAUGGCCUCCUCCACACUGUGCAACCUGCUGCUUGAGUUCUCACCCAGUAAGGAGCCGAUCCUGGAGUCCGGAGCGAUCGAUCUUCUGUGCAGCCUGACUCAGAGUGAGAGCCCAGCGCUGCGGGUCAAUGGGAUCUGGGCACUCAUGAACAUGGCGUUCCAGGCAGAGCAGAAGAUCAAGAUGGAUAUCCUGCGAGCGCUGAGCACGGAGCAGCUCUUCAGACUGCUCUCUGACCCCGACGUCAACGUGCUCAUGAAGACCCUGGGACUGCUGAGGAACCUGCUCUCCACACGGCCGCACAUCGAUCAGAUCAUGAGCUCUCACGGGAAGCAGAUCAUGCAGGCGGUCACUCUCAUCCUGGAGGGAGAGCACAACAUCGAGGUCAAGGAGCAGACGCUCUGUAUCUUGGCUAACAUUGCUGACGGAACAACUGCCAAAGAUCUGAUCAUGAUCAAUGAUGACAUCCUACAGAAGAUUAAAUAUUACAUGGGGCACUCCAAUGUGAAGCUGCAGCUCGCUGCCACCUUCUGCAUCUCCAACCUGAUCUGGAACGAGGAGGAGGGCUCUCAGGAGCGACAGGACAGGCUCAGAGAGAUGGGUUUUGUAGAUAUUCUACACAAACUGACGCAGUCCACUGACCCUAGCCUCUGUGAUCGAGCCAAGACCGCGAUGCAGCAAUACCUGGCGUGAUGGCAGCCCCCCUCCACCGCCCAGUCAGGGGCGAGGUCACUGAUCCGCCGCUCGGAGGUCGCUGGGAGGUCACCUAGCAGCAGCAGCAGCAUCUCCUGCACCUCUGCCAGCCUGAGCAGCUCAUCGGAAACACGUUCAUUUGAAUUUUGGGUUUUUUGUUUUUGUUUCGUUUUUCGAAGGGAAGUCUUUCAGGAUUUAUUAAAAAUGAAAUUAAUUUAAAAGGAGAAGAAAACAAGAGAGGAACACUCGCAGAAGAAUCUUGUUUUGUUAAUAUGGGCUGUCCUCUGUACUUUUCCUUUUAAGGGCGAGGUAGAACAAAAAAAAAAAAAGACAACUAAAUUCUGCUUUUGUUUGUUUUGUUUGUUUUAUAUUUUUUAUUUGGUGGACAGUUACCUCAGAUUUAAUUUGAUUUUGUUGUGUGAAGAUCUUCUGUCCUUCGACGCCCGAGUUGUUUCCAGUGCGAGAGCGAGAGAGGUAGGACAAGCCCUGCCCGCACUCACACUCGGACGUCUCUAAACGAAUCUGUUGAACCGGAGUGUCAAAGAUAUUUAUGGACUGACUGAUAAGUGGGAGUGGCCCCCUUUCUGGCUUUUUGAAGCUCAGUGGAAUGACUGUUUUCAAUGAAAUAUAUGCAGACAUGAAUUACUGUACUGAGGCGACACAGAGUGAUUUCUUGGGGUUGUGGUUGGGAGUGUGUUUGCUGGUACAAGCAGGAGGAGAGGGCAGGGUGUAGUUUAUUUUUUAGGCAGGUGUCUCUGGGUUUCUUUAUGCUUUCACAGGACACUUAAAGAUCUCUUAAAUCAUCUUUGAAAUAUACCACUAUGUCUGUAAUCUGAGGGCUCAGUCGGUGAUAGGAAACAAAAGCUCUACUAAUGAGUCUCCGGUUGACUCUGAACUGGGGAGGGGAUGCUUGGAGAGGGUCACAGGCUGCUCUGAACUGGGGAGGGGAUGCUUGGAGAGGGUCACAGGCUGCUCUGAACUGGGGAGGGGAUGCUUGGAGAGGGUCACAGGCUGCUCUGAACUGGGGAGGUGAUGCUUGGAGAGGGUCACAGGCUGCUCUGAACUGGGGAGGGGAUGCUUGGAGAGGGUCACAGGCUGCUCUGAACUCUGGGGAGGGGAUGUUUGGAGAGGGUCACAGGCUGCUCUGAACUGGGGAGGGGAUAUCUGGA